UCAAUACAAACCGCCUGAUAGUCACAGCACAUCAAUGAACGAAAACGCUGAAAAGAGCAAUUUCUCCGCUGUCGCUGUCACCGCCGCCGUCGAAAAUGUCUCAUUCGAAGGCGGCGAUGCGGUGUUACACGGCGGCGGAGGCGAAGGCAACGGUGGAAAUGCCUCAGUCGACGGCGGUGAUGCGGUGUUAAACGGCGGCAACGGAGGAGAUGAUUUCGUUGACGACGGCGGUGAUGUUGAGAUGUCGGAGAGCGGAAGAGGUAACAGAGUGAGUAGUGGAAGAGUGAAGGAGCCGUGGUCAAGGGAAGAAGACUUAGUAUUGAUGGAACUCAUAAAUAAGUUUGGUGCAAGGAAUUGGAGUAUGAUAGCACAAGGAAUUCCAGGUCGUUCUGGGAAAUCGUGCCGACUUCGUUGGUGUAAUCAGCUUGAUCCUCUGCUUAAACGCAAGCCUUUUACUGAUGAAGAAGACCGCAUUAUAAUUAAUGCGCAUGCAGUCCAUGGAAAUAAAUGGGCAUCAAUUGCAAAAUUGCUCCCUGGUAGAACAGACAAUGCAAUUAAGAACCACUGGAACUCUACACUAAGGCGCCGGUUUGCAGAGCUAUGGAGGGUUAAACCAUUGUGCAGCGUGAUGUUAGAUGAUAGCAUUGAUAACGCCAAGGUAUUAUUUGAAGAAAUUAAGUCACAUGGAGAUUUUAACCAAAUUAAGCCCCUGGAAAUGCUGGAAGGUAGUCGCGCAGAAUGCAUGUCCAGCCAGUCUGAAGACAAAACUCAAAUAUAUGAAAUAUAUGAUAUUCCUGAGAAAAGUCCAAACUUCGUCUCUGAAAGAAGUUGUUCUACGUCUGUGGAAAACAGUGAUCCAUCUGCUUCUCGUCCAACUGAGAAAAUUGGCGGAUUUUAUGUUUGUAACCCUUCUGCAACUUCAAGAAUAGUGCCUAUGCAGGGACCCCUGAUCCACACAUUCUCACCAGACUUUGAUAUAUGCAAACUUCUUGAAGGUUGUGUAUCUGCUGGUGAAACCACAGUUCCUCAGGGAUGCGGUUAUGGUUGCUGUGCAGCUUCCACCAAUAGCUCCUUCAAAAGUUCAUUGUUGGGUCCCGAGUUUGUUGAAUACGAGGAACAUCCUCCCCACCUCGGCCAUGAGUUAGCUUCUAUAGCCACAGAUUUGAACAACAUUGCUUGGAUCAGAAGUGGACUAGAAAAAGCUGGUGAAUUAAGAAAUUCUCGACAUAGUUCUACUCAAGUGGGUUUUGGAUAACAGGGCAUGAAAUGAGAUCACUGUUUUUGAGCAGACAAGCCUGUCAAUGUUUGGCUUUUUCUGAUUCUUCUUUGUGGCGCUUUAUUUAUUUGUUUAUUUAUUAUGAUAGAAAUGGUAAAAGAAUGCAUUUACACCUAGGGGAGAAAAAACACAUUUUCUGCUUGAAUAUUGCAGACGCAGCUCAUCUUGUAAAGUUGCUGUAUGGUUGGCAAUGAAAUGGUCAUGGUAGACUGCUUUAACCUAUGUUUAUUUUUAAUUUCCA